AUGAGGGUGAGGAUUGCGAAGGAGAGAUCUGAUUUAACCGAGUUGGUUUCUGCUGUAAUCAAGACGACUUACGAUACACGGAGUCCAGGCGGAGUCGAGCGAUGCAUCGACGCGUUGAAUAUGUUGAAGUCUUUGUCUCUCUCCGUCGAAGAUCUUCAAUGGUCUGAGUCGAUGGUGAACUUGGAGACUCUGCGAAGGCAUAGGAACCCUAAGAUCCGCAAAGAAGCUCAGUCUUUGUUUGAUUACUGGUAUAAUACGCUUUACGCACGACGAAGAGUGUCCAAAGCUUGUCUGACGCAGAAGAAGUCUGUUCUAAAAAGAUGUUCAGAGUUGAAGAAGAGAGACGAACGGAAAUCUGUCAAAGAGGAGAGAUCUGAGACUCAUGUAGCGGUUGAGAUCAAGAAAGAGGAGAAGACAGGGUUUUUGGAUUUGAAGAUGGAACAAGAUCAGGAGUUUUUGUCGACUCAAGAAACUGAAAAGAUCAAGAAAGAGACAGAGAACGAUGCUGCUUGCAAGUUUGAGUUUGCUACGAGGAAGCAGGAGAAGAUGCGCUCUGUUACUGUCAAGGCUAUUCCUCAGCACUGGAGAGACAUCAAAGACAAAGAUGGUAAAAUCACAACCAAAUCACUGAGACCUCCUUCGAGGAGAGGAGGAGCUUGUAAAGAUUCUGGAAACCCUAAAUCUCCGGCCUUGAAGACUAAAACAGAGGAGGAGCUCACGAAGAAAGAAAACGGAUGUCAUGGUGGAGAAGAAGAGGAAAACGGAGCUGUACGAAUUAGUCAUGAAUGCUGCAGAUGCGGCUAG